CUUUCCACCUCACUCCCAGUCAGAACACUAUCGGUUUACUCGUUACAGGAGACAGGACAGGGUCAGUUAACCCGGGACAGGAGUCAGGCAGCAUGGCGACCCCUCUGAGUGACCAGGAGAAACGGAGGCAGAUCAGCAUCAGGGGGAUCGUGGGGGUGGAGAACGUGGCGGAGCUGAAGAAAGGCUUCAACCGUCACCUGCACUUCACGCUGGUCAAAGACAGGAACAUCGCCACGCCCCGAGAUUAUUACUUCGCUCUGGCUCACACUGUGAGGGAUCACCUGGUGGGCAGGUGGAUCCGAACCCAGCAGUUUUACUACGAAGCUGACCCAAAGAGGGUUUAUUAUCUGUCUCUGGAGUUUUACAUGGGCAGGACGCUCCAGAACACCAUGAUCAACCUGGGGCUGCAGAACGCCUGCGAUGAGGCCAUCUACCAGCUGGGCCUGGACAUGGAGGAGCUGGAGGAGAUGGAGGAGGAUGCAGGUCUUGGGAAUGGAGGUCUGGGCAGACUGGCAGCUUGUUUCUUGGACUCCAUGGCCACCCUGGGCCUUGCAGCAUACGGUUACGGCAUUCGAUAUGAAUAUGGAAUCUUUAACCAGAAGAUAAGAGACGGCUGGCAGGUGGAGGAGGCAGACGACUGGCUGAGGCACGGAAACCCGUGGGAGAAAGCGCGUCCAGAGUACAUGCUGCCAGUUCACUUCUACGGACGAGUAGAGGAGACGAAAGACGGAUCCAAAUGGGUCGACACGCAGGUGGUUUUGGCGAUGCCUUAUGACACGCCCAUCCCUGGCUACAUGAACAACACUGUGAACACCAUGAGGCUGUGGUCCGCCCGCGCUCCCAACGACUUUAAUUUGAGAGACUUUAACGUUGGAGAUUACAUCCAGGCUGUCCUGGACAGAAAUCUGGCCGAGAACAUCUCCCGUGUUCUCUAUCCCAACGACAAUUUCUUUGAAGGAAAAGAACUGCGUCUGAAGCAGGAGUACUUUGUCGUGGCCGCCACACUCCAAGACAUCAUCCGCCGCUUCAAGACCACCAAGAAGGGCAGUCCCGGCCGGACCUCCUUCGAGGGUUUCCCCGACAAAGUCGCCAUCCAGCUGAACGACACUCAUCCCGCCAUGGCGAUCCCGGAGCUGAUGAGGAUCUUUGUGGACAUAGAGAAACUGGACUGGGACACGGCCUGGGACCUGACAAAGCGCACCUUCGCCUACACCAACCACACGGUCCUCCCUGAAGCGCUGGAGCGCUGGCCUGUGGAGCUGCUGGAGAAGCUUCUGCCCCGACACCUGCAGAUCAUCUACCAGAUCAACCAGGUCCACCUGGACAGGAUCGCAGCUCUCUUUCCAGACGACAUGGACAAGCUGAGGUCGAUGUCUCUGAUCGAGGAGGACGGCUGUAAGAGAGUCAACAUGGCCCACCUGUGCAUCGUGGGCUCACACGCUGUCAAUGGUGUGGCUGAGAUUCACUCCAACAUCAUCAAAACUGAAGUGUUCAAAGACUUCAACGAACUGGAACCAGAGAAGUUUCAGAACAAAACCAACGGCAUCACUCCCCGACGCUGGCUGCUGCUCUGCAACCCCGGGCUGGCUGAGCUCAUCGCAGAGGUGAUUGGGGAGGAUUAUGUGAAGGACCUGAGCCAGCUGCAGAAGCUCAAAGACUUUGUCGAUGAUGCUGCCUUCAUCCGGGACGUCUCCAAAAUCAAACAGGACAACAAGCUGAAAUUCGCCCAGUACCUGGAGAGGGAAUACAGGGUGCAGAUCAACCCGUCCUCCAUGUUUGAUGUCCACGUGAAGAGAAUCCACGAGUACAAGCGUCAGCUGCUCAACUGCCUGCACAUCAUCGCCAUGUACAACCGGAUCAGGAAAACCCCGGCUGCCCCUUUCGUACCUCGAACAGUGAUCAUCGGGGGAAAGGCUGCACCAGGGUAUCACAUGGCCAAGAUGAUCAUCAGGCUGAUCACAUCAGUGGCUGACGUUGUGAAUAAUGAUCCUGUGGUGGGAAACAAGCUGAAGGUCAUCUUCCUGGAGAACUACAGGGUCUCCUUAGCAGAGAAAGUGAUACCUGCCACAGAUCUGUCUGAGCAGAUCUCUACCGCCGGCACUGAAGCAUCAGGAACAGGUAACAUGAAGUUCAUGCUGAACGGAGCGCUGACCAUUGGCACCAUGGAUGGAGCCAAUGUGGAGAUGGCCGAAGAGGCCGGAGAGGAGAACCUUUUCAUCUUCGGGAUGAGGGUGGAGGACGUGGCUGAGAUGGACAUAAAAGGAUACGAUGCCAUGUCGUACUACAAGAAGAUCCCUGAGCUCAAACAAGUGAUGGACCAGAUCACCAGCGGAUUCUUCAGCCCCAAAAAUCCUCACCUGUUCAAAGACCUCACUGAGAUGCUCUUCAAGCAUGACCGUUUCAAAGUGUUUGCAGACUUUGAAGACUACAUGAACUCUCAGGAGGAAGUCAACAAACUGUACCAGAAUCCAACGGCGUGGACCAAGAUGGUGAUCAAGAACAUCGCUGCUACGGGGAAGUUCUCCAGCGACAGAACUAUCACAGAGUACGCCACCAAGGUGUGGGGGGUGGAGCCAACCGACCUGAAGAUCCCGCCUCCCAACGAGCCCCGAGAGGCCAUCGAGGAAACGGCCCGAGCUCUGAGGAAAGAGUGAUGACAUCAUUCACCUUUUAACCUUCACGUUUAUGAACUUUAGCAGUAAUAUCUCUCUAAACUUCGUGUCCCAGAAGUCUUUGCUUCCUGAGUCUGAGCUGAUGUUUCUGUUUGUUACUCAUGUAUGAUCAACAUCUGUAUUUUCAGUCUGAUGUUUUGUCAUUGAGCUGAAGAAAUUAAUCUGAAUCUUUUCAAUAAACUUUACUUUCUUCUUUUAAUAA